UCUUUCUAAUUUUGAGAAUGAGAAUGUUUUGUGUAUAUUUGGCAAGUUUGACAGGUGGAAAACAUUUAGUUAAAAAAAUAUAAAGAUUAAAUACAACAGGAUGGAUUUGUGGGCAAUAUAAAUAGUAUAUUUGUAUUUUACAGUUCAUUAUUGGUGUAUUUCAAAGAAAAACAUGAACGACGCUGAUUUCAAAAAUAUUCUUGCCACUACAGCCUCAAUUUGUACGAUACUUCAGUUUCUGACUGGAACACUGGUUUGUCAAAAAAUCGUACAAAAUAAAAGUACUGGUGAUAUGUCUUCGUUUCCAUUUGUUAGUGGCUGUCUUUCAACAAGUUUAUGGUUAAGAUAUGGAUUUUUAAUACAAGACAGGUCAUUAAUAUUAGUAAAUACUGUAGGAGCUACAUUAUUUUUUGCAUAUGUUGUUACAUUUUAUUUAUACAGUAUUAAAAAGACUUCUAUUAUUCGCCAGUUCCUAGGAAGUUUUUUGUUUCUUAUAGUAACAUUACUAUACAUACAUCGUAUAGAAGACGUAGACACUGCUAAAUCUAAUUUGGGUUUAGUGUGUUGUAUCGUAACAAUAUUAUUUUUUGCAGCCCCUUUAGCAUCAUUAUUACAUGUCAUAAAAGUAAAAAGUACUGAUAGUUUGCCAUAUCAUCUUAUAAUUGCAACAUUCAUAGUAUCUCUACAGUGGGUCAUAUAUGGUAUUGUAUUAGGAGAUAAAUUUAUACAAAUACCCAACUUUCUAGGAUGUGUCCUAUCAGCAUUUCAGUUAAGUUUAUUUAUUAUUUAUCCAAAGAAUUCAAAAAUUUAUCCAAAUGUUAUUUAAACAUUGUCAAAAUAAUUGUUUCUA